AGAGAGGAGAGAGGAUAGAAAAUUGGUAGCCAUGGCAUGGACGGCAAACCAGCAUCGUCACUUCCCAAUUCCCAUUAUAAUUUAUUAAGAUGCCACACCUCCCACAAGUUAAUCUGCUCAAAGUGGCAAUAAGAGCCUGAAAAAGAGGUUGGCUCACCUUUUGAAAUCAAAUUGAGAUAUGGCCCAAUUUGGACACGUGUCUGCUGUUAGCUUAAGCAACCAAAAUAACACAGCCAGUAUUUUGAGCCGACACUCUGCAAGAAGACAUGGACUCUCAUUCGCUGGUAGCAACUCUUUCGGUCAUAAAUUGAGAAUUUCGGAUGCACGUGCCUUUUUAUCGAGAUCUAAGAGGAAGUUAUCUGUUUUGAAAGUUGUUUGCAUUGACUAUCCAAGACCGGAGCUUGACAACACAAUCAACUUUUUGGAAGCUGCUUACUUGUCAACUUCUUUUCUUUCUUCUCCUCGUCCUGAAAAGCCAUUGGAAGUAGUCAUUGCUGGUGCAGAUGCAGGCCAUAAACCUAUAUUGUUGGAAGCAAGGGAUGUUUUGGGUGGAAAGGUGGCGGCAUGGAAAGAUGAUGAAGGAGACUGGUACGAGACUGGGUUGCAUAUAUUUUUUGGGGCUUAUCCGAAUGUUCAGAGCUUGUUUCGAGAAUUGGGCAUUAAUGAUCGGUUGCAAUGGAAGGAGCAUUCCAUGAUUUUUGCUAUGCCAAACAAACCAGGACAAUUUAGUCGGUUUGAUUUUCCGGAAGUCUUACCUGCCCCAAUUAAUGGAAUAUGGGCCAUCUUGAAGAACAAUGAAAUGCUUACAUGGCCAGAGAAAGUCAAGUUUGCAAUCGGGCUCUUGCCAGCCAUAUUAGGUGGCCAGUCUUAUGUUGAGGCGCAAGAUGGAAUAACAGUUCAAGACUGGAUGAGAAAACAGGGUGUACCAGACAGGGUGACCAAAGAAGUAUUUAUUGCCAUGUCUAAAGCACUGAACUUCAUAAAUCCGGAUGAGCUUUCAAUGCAGUGCAUUCUAAUUGCUUUGAACAGAUUCUUGCAGGAAAAGAAUGGGUCAAAGAUGGCUUUCUUGGAUGGCAAUCCCCCAGAAAGACUGUGCAUGCCAAUCGUUGAUCAUAUUCGACAUCGAGGUGGCGAAGUCAGACUCAACUCACGGAUACAAAAAAUCGAGCUAAAUGAAGAUAAAAGUGUGAAAAGCUUUGUACUGAAUGAUGGAAAUGUGAUCAAAGGAGAUGCAUAUGUAUUUGCAACUCCAGUUGAUAUCCUAAAGCUGCUUUUGCCUGACGACUGGAAAGAGAUUCAGUAUUUCACGAAAUUGGAGAAAUUAGUUGGGGUGCCCGUUAUAAAUGUUCACAUAUGGUUUGACAGAAAGCUAAAGAACACAUAUGACCAUUUACUUUUCAGCAGAAGCCCACUCCUCAGUGUAUACGCGGACAUGUCGGUAACUUGUAAGGAAUAUUACAAUCCGAAUCAGUCGAUGUUGGAGUUGGUUUUUGCACCAGCAGAGGAAUGGAUCUCGCGAAGUAAUGAAGAAAUAAUCGAAGCUACCAUGAAGGAACUCGCCAAACUAUUCCCUGAUGAGAUCUCGGCUGAUCAGAGCAAAGCCAAAAUAUUGAAAUACCAUAUCGUCAAAACUCCUAGGUCUGUGUAUAAAACUGUACCUGGUUCGGAGCCUUGUCGUCCUUUACAAAAGUCCCCAAUAGAGGGAUUCUAUUUAGCCGGUGACUACACAAAGCAAAAAUAUCUGGCGUCAAUGGAAGGUGCUGUUCUAUCGGGAAAGCUUUGUGCCCAGGCCAUUGUGAAGGAUUAUGAGUCCCUGGCUAGCAAAGAACAGAAAAAGCUGGCCGAGGCAACCAUUGCGUAGGUUAUAAAGAGUAUGAAUUUGGUAAACUUUUGCGACUAAAUGGAGAACUCAUUGGACGAAAGAAGAUAGGGAAAGCUACACUAAUCAACAAAAUGUGGAUAAUAAAGGAGCAUAUGCAUGAUAAGAUGAUAGUUGUUUUGGGUAAAAUUUUUGUGGUUAGAUUUUUCUUGUGGUAAUAAUUGGCUGUUGUUGUAAUAUGCUGAACUUGAAUCUCGUGUGAUGGGAAAUAUUUGUUCUUGUUAAGAUAUAACAAAACGUUGCUGAUUUGUGAUGGGUUAUGUGUCUGCCCCGGAAUAUCUUUGUAUUUUUUUUUUCUUAUAGUUAUCUUUUGUUAAUUUGGUUCGUAAUUUGCUCAUGAUCAAUUGGUAUGUGUUUGGCAGUUAGAAACUUGAUGCCAAAGUUAAAAAAAUUGACUUCGUGCUGAGUUAAUUUUGAGCUGUGAUUGAAUUUUUCUAGGUUACUCACACCCUAAGAAUCCAAAAUGAACUUUUUCUAUAAAGAGAUGGUUAACUAGCUUUUUCUAGAAACAGACAAUAUGGAAGCGAGAUAUCUG